GACAGGACAUUUGUAAGAAGUCUGGAUAGAACUGGGGAAAUCUUAGUUCAAGUAUGAACAGAAAAUUGAGAUCGUUAAGACGAGGCACCUGCAGAAAUAAGCCAUUUGGGCUUUUACGUGCAAUCAAAUGUGAUAUUUUCUCGUCAUCUGAUAGAUCAUCGGGGACAAUGUGCGUCAAUGGAUGCUGGCCAAGAAAGAUUUAAAACAAUAACAUCCUCAUACUACAGAGGAGCACAUGGGGUUAUGAUAGUCUAUGAUAUUGCAAGAAAAGAAACUUUCUCUAACCUCAAUAAAUGGCUGAAUGAAGUAGAAACAUAUGCCAAUCAAGGAGUCUUGAUGAUUCUGGUCGGCAACAAGACAGACCUUAAUUCACAUCGUCAAGUUUCCACCGAAAGUGGUGCAGAGUGGGCUGCUCGUAAUGACAUGCCUUUCAUAGAGACAAGUGCUAAAGAUUCUUUUAACGUCACCGAGGCUUUCACAAUGCUUGCUGAGCUGGUAAAUAAACAUGUUAAAGACACUCAGACAGAGCAAAGAGCAUUUGUGUUGGGGGAUAAUCUUGAUCGUGGAAUUCGAGCAGGAGAUGGAAAUGAGAAGGAAAAGUGUGGCUGUAGUAACUAGAUUCUUAACCCUUUAAUUCCCAAGAUCUCCUUAGUAAUUCUCCCUACUGUCUCCCAUACAGUUCUUGAGAUAUUAGUUUAGAGAAUUUGGUAUUGGAUCAACUUGUAGUCCCCUAAUUGAUAUUUCUCUUUAUUUUAAUCAGUUGUCUGCUUGAGAUUGUAUGGAUAUUGUAGGAGGACAUUCUUU